UAGAAUUCUAAAAGUACUGGUAAACAUCUGAUUCUUAUUGUUUUAGUGUGGUUGAUUUUACAAUUUCUUGCCACAGAAAAGAUGAAGAAGGUGAAGGUUUUGGUGGUGGGAGGAACAGGGUACUUGGGUCAGCAUUUGCUACAAGCCUAUGCUCAUGUCAUUCCAAAUGCCAAUGGAAAUCCUUAUGCUUUCGAUCUCGCUUUCACCCACCACUCCUCUCCUCCUCCCCACCUUCUCGUCGAUGCCAUUCCUUCCUCCAUUUAUUUCCAAGUAGAUUUGAAAACUGGAGUUGGAUUUGAAGCCAUUUCCAACACUUUUGGUCAGCCUGAUGUGGUUGUCAACUGUGCUGCCAUCUCAGUUCCUCGUGCAUGUGAAAUUGAUCCUGCUACUGCACAUGCUAUUAACGUGCCAUCAUCUCUUGUAAAAUGGUUGCAAAGCUUUGAAAAGAGAAGUACUCUUCUCAUUCAUCUUUCCACAGAUCAAGUUUAUGAAGGGGAGAAGUCCUUUUACAAGGAGGAAGACAUUACUGUUCCGGUAAAUGUUUAUGGAAAAACUAAAGUGACAGCAGAGCAGUUCAUUUCAGAAAAUUUUCCAAACUUUGCAAUUUUGAGAAGCAGUAUCAUCUAUGGGCCACAAACAAUCUCUCCAGUUCCCAAAUCUCUCCCUAUUCAGUGGAUUGAUGGUGCCCUUGCUAAAAGAGAAGAAGUUCAGUUCUUUCAUGACGAGUUCCGCUGCCCAAUUUAUGUUAAGGAUCUUGUAGCUAUCGUACUAGCUUUAACAAGUCAAUGGAUUUCAGAGGGCAAGCAAAUGCAAUUGUUACUUAAUGUUGGUGGAGCUGAUAGGGUUUCCCGUGUUCAAAUGGCCGAGGCCGUUGCACAAGUUAGAGGGCAUGAUACCUCAUUAAUCAAACCAGUGUCUGCCUCUUCGGUUGAUCGAGGUGUGAAGUCCCCAGCUGACAUAUCUAUGGACAUCUCUAGAUUGGUUCAAACCCUAAAAAUUCAUCCUGUUUCAUUUAAAGAUGGCGUGAGAUCAACAUUUGCAACCGAAGCUAGGCAAUGAGGCAACAAAGAUAUCAAACAAGGCAUCCUUGUUAGCAUUUGAGUCUUUUUUUCUUAGCAUUAAGACUGAAAUGUGUUCUCAAUAGCUCUUCCUAUAUUUGGAUUGUUGUAAAAUAAAUAUAAGUAGAAAUCUCAAAAAGGUCCAGUGAAUCGAAUGUGUUGGACCAAAAGGGGAUUAUAAAAAGGGCAAGUUGCAACCCAAGUCACAAAAACAAUCACCAAUUGUCAUUCAUCCCUUUCCCCAGACUCCAACAAGUUGGUUUUGACUUUCCAUCCCUGUCGUUCUCCCAAUCAUUUUCAAGAUACACAUUUACACUCGUGUAAGUAUUAUUAAAAGUCAGUGUAAUAACAUACUGAACGUUUUUAUGCAUGUUCAAUGAUGGGAAAAAUACUCGUGUCAUUACUAUAGGAA